AUACGGAAUGCUGCUACUUUAUUGACAUAAUUGACUUAAAUAUAUCGUAUAAAAUUAUUGAAAUUUUCAAUAAUGUUGGAACGCAAAGAUCCUGAAGGAAACUUAUACGUUUUUAAUGAGGAAGAUUUACCGUAUGAAGAAGAAAUUUUAAGAAAUCCUUACUCUGUGAAGCAUUGGCAACGUUAUAUAGAUCAUUUAAAAAGUACAAAAAGUAAUAAUUUAAAUAUUGUAUACGAACGAGCGUUAAAAGAACUUCCGGGGAGUUACAAACUAUGGUAUAAUUACUUACGUCAACGUGUCAGCCAGUUAAAAGGAAGAUGCAUAACAGAUCCUCUUUAUGAAGAUGUGAAUAAUGCAUUUGAACGUGCUUUAGUUUUUAUGCAUAAAAUGCCUAGAAUUUGGAUGGAUUAUUGUACAUUAAUGACUGAACAAUGUUACAUUACACGUACUCGUCAAGUUUUUGAUAGAGCACUUAGGGCUCUUCCUAUCACACAGCAUCAUCGUAUAUGGCCAUUAUAUAUAGAAUUUUUGAAAAAACACAAUGUAUAUGAAACUGCUGUCAGAGUGUUUAGAAGAUAUCUUAAGCUAGCUCCAGAAGAUACAGAAGAAUAUAUAGAGUACCUGAUAUCAAUUGGAAGACUUGAUGAAGCAGCUGUAAAACUUGCACAGAUUGUUAAUCAAGAUGAUUUUGUAUCAAAGCAUGGAAAAUCUAAUCAUCAAUUAUGGAAUGAAUUAUGUGAUUUGAUAUCAAAGAAUCCUUCUAAAAUAAAAUCUCUUAAUGUAGAUGCUAUCAUUAGAGGUGGUUUGAGACGUUAUACUGAUCAGUUAGGUCCUUUGUGGAACUCUUUGGCAGACUACUAUGUUCGUAGUGGUUUAUUUGAAAGGGCAAGAGAUAUUUAUGAAGAAGCAAUACAAACAGUGACUACUGUUAGAGAUUUUACCCAAGUUUUUGAUGCCUAUGCACAAUUUGAAGAACUUAGUCUUAGUAGACGUAUGGAAGAAGCUGCAAAGAAUCCUACUGAAGAUGAUGAUAUAGAUUUAGAAUUGAGAUUAGCGCGAUUUGAACACUUAAUGGAAAGACGUUUAUUAUUAUUGAAUUCUGUACUACUUAGGCAAAAUCCUCAUAAUGUACAAGAAUGGCAUAAAAGAGUUAGACUUUAUGAAGGACAACCACACGAAAUCAUUAAUACAUAUACGGAAGCAGUGCAAACCGUGCAACCACAUUUAGCAGUAGGUAAAUUGCAUACCUUAUGGGUUGAAUUUGGUAAAUUUUACGAAGAAAAUGGUCAGAUAGCAGAUGCUCGAGUAGUUUUUGAGAAAGCAACUCAUGUUCCGUAUACUAAAGUUGACGACCUUGCUUCUGUAUGGUGUGAGUGGGCAGAAAUGGAAAUUAGAGAUGGAAAUUAUAAAGAAGCAUUAAAACUUAUGCAUCGCGCUACUGCUAUGCCAUUCCGCAAAGUGGCAUAUCACGAUGAGACAGAAACGGUUCAAAUGAGAUUGUAUAAAUCCUUGAAAGUUUGGUCUAUGUAUGCUGAUUUGGAGGAAAGCUUUGGCACAUUUAAGAAAGGCAUUGCACUCUUUAAAUGGCCUAAUGUUUAUGAUAUAUGGAAUACGUACCUUACAAAAUUUUUAAAACGUUAUGGUGGUACAAAAUUAGAACGAACACGAGAUUUAUUUGAACAAUGUUUAGAACAUUGUCCACCAAAAUACGCUAAAGCUUUGUAUUUACUAUAUGCAAAAUUAGAAGAAGAGCAUGGUUUAGCCAGGCAUGCAAUGUCUGUAUAUGAACGAGCAACAAGCGCUGUUCUUCCUGAAGAACGAUUUGAGAUGUUUAAUAUUUACAUUAAAAAAGCAGCAGAUAUAUAUGGUGUACCGAAAACGAGGCAAAUAUACGAAAAAGCUAUUGAAGUACUUAAUGAAGAUAAUACAAGAGAAAUGUGUUUGCGAUUCGCAGAAAUGGAGACGAAGUUAGGAGAAGUUGACAGAGCUCGAGCGAUAUAUGCGCACUGCAGUCAAAUUUGUGAUCCAAGAGUAACAUCAAACUUUUGGCAAAUAUGGAAAGAGUUUGAAGUAAGACAUGGCAAUGAAGAUACUAUGCGUGAAAUGCUCCGAAUUAAACGCAGUGUUCAAGCUAUGUACAAUACUCAAGUAAAUAUGAUGUCUGCUCAAAUGUUAAACAAUGCAUCAAACCCACCAUCUGAUGUACCAAUAGAUGCAAUGCGUCUUUUAGAUAGUAAAACGCAAAGCACAGAUAAUGUUACUGCAUACAAGGACAGCAUUAAAUUUGUACGUGGUGUAACAGAAAAAGAUGGUAAACCGGAAUCCCAAGUGAAUAAUCCAGACGAAAUAGAUAUUGAUAUAGACGAUGUUAAUGAUAAUGAAGGAGAUAUAGAGGAAGAUAUACCUGUUGAAAAACAAACUAUUCCAUCACAAGUAUUCGGUAGUUUAAAAGCAAUUGAAGGUGAGGAUGACUAAGGCAUACAUAAAGUAC